AUGGCUCGUAACUCGGAGAAGGCGCAGUCGAUGCUGUUUCGCUUCCGCGAAGCACAGGCAGCAGAACUAGGCAUCGUCGACGUCGGCCGUUCCCGUCGCCCCCGCCGUAUCACGGAGGUGGAGACGGUUCCCGCAUGCGAGAAAUGGCGUGGGCAGGUGGUCAAGGAGAUUUCGCGCAAGAUGACUCGGAUCCAGGAGUCCGCGCUGAGCAACUUUCAGAUCCGUGACCUCAACGACGAGAUCAACAAGCUGAUGCGGGAGAAGCAUAUGUGGGAGGUUCAGAUACGCAAUUUGGGCGGACCGAAUUACAUGCGAGGCGGGGCCAAGAUGUACGACGACCAGGGUCGAGAAAUUGUCGGCGGCGGCAAAGGGUACAAAUAUUUCGGCAGGGCAAAGGAUUUGCCUGGUGUCAAGGAGUUAUUCGAGGCGGCUACGCGUGCAAAGACGGAGAAGCCUCUCGAGGAGAACAAGGAACUGCGGAGGAUUGUCGACGCGGCAUACUACGGCUACGGCCCUAAUGAGGAAGACGACGAGCUGCUCCAAUACGAGGCUGACAAGGAGCAUCAGGCGGUCUCGAACCUGCUCGAAACAGGAUCCCAGGAGGCUCCCGAUGGGUGGAUAUCACUACCGGGAGAUGCGGGAGAUGGGAAGGCUUGGGAAUUACCGACGCUUGAUGAGGUGCAGGAGGAGCUCAUCGAGAGAAGAAGACGAAAGUUGCUAGAGCAGAUCUGA